CGCAGGUUUUUCUAUGGAUAGAACGAGACGAGGGCAAAUCUGACCAUAUGCAGCACUCCCCAGGUUUUGGACCAGUCACAUGUCAGACUGGUUCUUCCAUUUAACCUUUUUGCUUUUCCGGUAUGUACACUAUAUUUCUUAUUUCUAGACCAUAUAUUUAAAUAACAUUUCUUGACUUUAUCUCAGCAUUUCCCCAAUGGCCGGAGCACCGGCAGCGGCUGGACGCGGCAGCGGUGGUGGUAGGCACUACUGCGUUGGGGACGGGCCAUGCAGCAGCACACUUUGGAACACACUCUGGGAUGCACGGUCGCCCGUUCCUGUGACGCCAUGCAGCUGCUGGCCAAGCAAGGCACUUUGUGCGGUGACGGACUGCUCCUGGAAGAAAAUGAGGACAAUAGCUUCAAUGCCACAUUAAUAAGCUACAACAAACACAACAGAUUGAUUGCGAGGAGUUGGUGCUCCUUCAUCUCCUCCCUCAGCCAGGAGAUGUCAGCGAGAUUUCUUGUGCCAAUGAUGCACAGUGAGGAGGUGGUGCGGCCUUGUGGCGUGUUUGCAACGGUCGAUCCGGUGGCCUGCCAGCAGCCUCGCCGUCUCUGGCUUGUUACUAGUUGCUGCUUGGAGCAUGGUUGAGUCGGCUCCCUUGCUGCGGGCCUACGGCUCUCCCCUUGCCCCCUUGUCGAAGCCAUCGGAGAGGACAAGGCCGCCAACCCAUGAUGAUACACUCACAGCUACCCAGGUCCGCACUUCGCCCUAUGCUAUUUCUUUCAUGCCAUGGGUACAAUUUUUCUGUGUCUCAAGGCUACUCUCAUAAACCAUCUCUUGAUUUAGGCCUCGCUGGUCCUCCCUUGCAUUCCCUCAUAUGCCUGGGGUUAUGGCAAUCAGGACAUGGUGGGGGCAGUUGGUGGUAAGGCAGAGUCAGGCGUACUGCCAGCAGUGGCACUACUCGAGAUCAAUGCCAUGUGGAGUAUCACUCAAGUCCCAGGAUUUGACGAUAUUGUUUCUGGCUAUUAGGUUGUACAACAUCUUUGUUAUGGAUUGUGACCCCCACACAAUACUGGAUUCAGGUACACUAGCAACUACUCUUUUUGUCAUUUACUUGAUUUAGUUGAGACUGAGGUCAACAUGUAUGCUGGAAA